AUGUUCACAACUAACGCUGUACAAGCCGGCUCGGUUCCGACUCUUCAAUAUCAAGAGCAUCCUCAAAAAUCACAAGGCAAAAAUAUAGAAAAUGUCCAACAAAAAACGCAGCAGACUCAGCAAACACAACAGGAGUUUCCAACAUUUUGUUAUACAACCAAUGUUAAUAUGAUUGGUAAAAUUGGUACUGGUGCAACUGGUAGUGCAGGAGGUGUUACUGGUGGUGUUAAUAUAGCACAAUUAACCACUAGUGAUGAUAAGACAUGUUAUAUAGCUCAACCUUUCUCCUAUAACUAUGCCCUGGUCAAUCAAAUGCAAAUAGCACCAAAUGGACUCCAAAAUACAAUAUCAAAUAUUAGUUUUAAAUGUGAUGUCUGUGGACUUAUGUUUGGCCAUCUUACCCUACUAAAUGCUCAUAAAAGGAUACAUUCACAAGAUGCGGAUAACAAUAUAACUGUAGUGGCAACAGGAGUAAAUACAACAAAUGAAGCAGCAAUGCCACCUCAUAUACAAAUCCUAUCAACUGACCCAAAUGAUCAGCAACAGCAUCAUGUACAAAUACCUGAAACUAAACCAGUUGUGAUUGACAAAGUACAGAAAUGCAUCACAUGUGGUGGCCCUAUCACUAAUAAUCCAAAAAGAAAAGGACCGAAACUAAUAAGAUGUGAAAACUGUAUAGCUCAAGAUUCAAUAGAACAGAGGAACAAUCAAAUGAACUCUACACAGAUAUUUGUAGCGACAGAAAAUAAUGUGAAAUUUGAAGUUAGCGGUGUGAGUGGAGUACAGAAUACUGCGGAUCCUCUGGCGCCAGCUGCUACCAACCAACAGCAACAAACGCAACAGAAACCUUUGCCUGGACACCAUCCUGUAAAAAAAAGAAAUUUAGCAUCAGUAACAAAAUGUCAAAAUUGUAAUGGAUCUGGAAUAGUCUUUGUGGGAGGUAACAAGAAUAAAAAUAACCAAGCAAACGCAGACAAACCAUUCCAUUGCAAUAUAUGUGGCGGUUCCUUCUCAAGAUACUCAUCAUUAUGGUCACAUAAAAAACUACAUUCUGGUGAAAAAAAUUUUAAAUGUGGUAUAUGUGGGAUUGCAUUUGCUAAAGCUGUAUAUCUUAAGAAUCACUCUAGGAUACACACGGGGGAAAAACCAUACAGAUGUCAAACGUGUGGAAUGCAGUUUUCGCAAUCACCGCAUUUGAAAAAUCAUGAGCGAACGCAUUCAGGGGAGAAACCAUAUGUUUGUGAGGUAUGCGACAAAGGCUUCGCUAGACAUGCAACGUUAUGGAAUCACCGGCGGAUCCACACGGGAGAGAAACCAUACAAAUGUGACGUGUGCGGCUCAGCCUUCAGUCAAGCGGCUCACCUCAAGAACCACGCGAAGGUGCAUUCCGGCGAGAAGCCCUUCAAAUGCGACAUCUGCACCGCUGCCUUCGCAGACAGAUUUGCGCUCAAGCGACAUCGGGGCAUACACGAUAAAUAUGGUCAAACAGCACCACUACCUUCUAGAAUACAACAAAACCAACAAGAGCAGCAAGUGUCUCAACAGCAAACAACCAGUGAACAGCAACAGAACACACAAAAUACUGUUGAAAUGGAACACAACAGUGAACAAACUCUA